AUGGCGUCCUCCCUCAGAAUGGAAUGCCACAUGUGCUUCGGUCUAACCUCAUCCCCAAGCGCCGAAACCGCCAGAGGUAUCAACUGCCGUUGGUGUGGCCACCAGCACUGUCGCCAUUGUUACGAUGUUCUGGAUGUGAAAAGCGAUAUUCCGCUCCUGGAAUACCCGCUGCUUGAACGAUACUAUUCUUUUGAUAAUGAUAAUAAAGAUUUCCAGAAGUCUGAAGAGUCUAUUCUUGCCGCCUCCUCGGACGGCUUCGAAAAAGUCGAAGUGAUAGGUGGUUUAGCAGAUGAGAAAGCCGCGGGAUUGCCAACUGACGAAAACCCCCCGCCUUAUACCCUCAGUCCCGAUGUCUCGAACCUCAAGAGCCCCGGUAAUACAAAGUCGGAGCCUUGGGCUAAACGCAUCUCUCCUGUCAAAACCUUGUCUCCAGGUAAGGUCAUGGCUACUUGUUGCAGGUGCAAGGCGCAAGAAGAUGUAACUUUUGUAGUAGAAAGUACGCCGCCUUGUAGCAGUUGUUACCAUAGUCGUUGCUCGGCAUGUGAUCCGAGGGGCCCGGAUCCACCGAGCAUGGCACAGAUCAAUAGGAUGAUUGCAGAUAUGCAGAUUGUUGCUUCGAGGGAGUAUAAGAGGAGGGAUGAUGGGUGUGUUGGGAUGUAG